AUGACCAGAGAGUCCUCUUUGGAGAGGCCGGAAGGGUGGAUCAUCCUUCCCUCGGAGAGGUGGAGGAAGCAGACCAACGACAAGGGCCUGGCGUACUACCUCGACCUCGAGACGGGCGAGACCCACUGGUUCCCUCCGUGCGAGCAGUGCUACAAGAGGGAAGGCGAGAAGAUCUGCAUGGAUUGCGAGGAGCAGGUGUACUGCGGCCGCUGCUGGACAAUGGCGCACAAGGAAGAGGACAUGGCGGGGCAUGUGUGGAAGGGUGCCGACUCCGGCAAGAUGCCCUGUGCGGCGAGUGUAACGCUAGAAUUCACGGGAGUGGACACCGCAAGAACCACCAAGUCGAGACGUACGCCAAGUCCAAGAAAGGCUGGCAGGACGGACAACGAGCCGACCUAUUACUUCAACGCGUCGACGGGCGAGAGCACAUUCGACAAGCCGCAGGAUCUCAUGCUUCCCGAGGAACUCGUCGAGCACCUGCGCUUCCUCAAGUACAAGGAAACCAGCGAGAAGAAGCCACACGUGAUGCACGCGGACAUGAAGGCCGACCACGGGACAGGAGGUGGACUGUCUCUUAGUGGCCUCAAGUUUGGCGGCGGCGACAAGAAGAGCAAGAAGAAGGCCGCGGCCGAAGACCCCAGGACUCGAGAACAGGAGGAAGGCUACAAGAAGAGCCUGCUGCUCUCCCGGAAGGACAAGAAGGACAUGGGCUUCGAGGUCAAGCUCAAGAAAGAGACGGUGCUAGACUCCUAGCUGCUUGUUUUUUCUCGGUCUGUGCUGGGUCUCGCCUACUGUUUCCGUUGAGAAACCAAGAGGGCGUUGUUGGUAUCCCGAAGGGGCUGUUUGGUUGUCGAGUGACCGAUUUACUGCUACCGCAGGUUACAAGAGCAAUGAUUGUUUACCACUUUUUUUAGUGUAAAGGAUGUAACGUAGUCUUCGGGACCCGGCGGAGAAAACUUGUGUGGAGAAGAUAUCUCCCGUGGCCAACUCGGCGACGGGAAGGCACUUGGUUGUUUCUGAAUCUCGACAUUCUGGGCCAAAACUUCCGCGCUGAGUCACCUUUUUAUUGCUUGAAGUCGGGACUGCCCCGUUGACUACGUUUUCGUUGGCUGCCAACGGUCGUUUUGUUAAAGUUGGUUUUGGGUGUUGGAGCUUGUGACCCGUGUGUCUGACUUCAUUGCUGUGACUAAUGGACCUCAAUGCUUUGGUCACGCCCUCAGCGGUCGCAGCAUCCUGUAGCAGUUGAUAUCUGGGAAAGCAUAAAUGGUAAACACCGCCUAGAGAGGAUCGCAGACCACAGACUUUGCCGGCAGAGGAACGCAGAUAGAUGUAUAGAUUGCCGUGUGCCCA